UGAUUGGUCAUAACCUUUUCCGGUGAGGCAUCCAUCAAUCCAAGGACUGUGGGAAAGCCAGCGUAAACGGAGUAAAACACGUCGAGAAACUCAUCGAAGCGUCUCAGGUCACCAUGGCGUCCAGCAGUACGAGCAGUGAAGAAGAGAGGAGCUUGCGGGAGUGUGAGCGCUACGUGCAGAAGCACAACAUCCAGCAGCUGCUGAAGGAAUGCAUUGUGCAGCUGUGCACUGUCAGGCCUGAGAGGCCCAUGCUUUUCCUCAAAGAGUGCUUCGAGAGGCUUGAGAAGGAGGAAGCAAAACAGAUCAGCAACCAGCAGAAGUCGAGCUCUCGCUCAGACUCCCGAGAAGAUGAGGUUUCUCCUCCCAUGAAUCCUGUAGUUAAGGGCCGACGGCGCCGCGGUGCCAUCAGCGCAGAGGUCUACACCGAGGAAGAUGCAGCUUCUUACGUCAGAAAGGUCAUUCCUAAAGACUACAAAACUAUGGCUGCCCUUGCUAAAGCGAUUGAAAAGAAUGUGCUUUUUGCCCAUCUUGAUGACAACGAAAGAAGUGACAUAUUUGACGCUAUGUUCUCAGUCACCUACAUUGCAGGAGAGACUGUCAUUCAACAAGGGGAUGAGGGUGACAAUUUUUAUGUUAUUGAUCAAGGUGAAAUGGAUGUGUACGUCAACAAUGAGUGGGUGACCAGUAUUGGAGAGGGUGGCAGUUUUGGGGAGCUGGCUUUAAUCUAUGGCACCCCCAGAGCAGCCACUGUCAGAGCAAAAACUAACGUCAAGCUGUGGGGAAUCGACAGAGACAGCUACAGGAGAAUACUCAUGGGAAGUACUCUGAGAAAGAGAAAAAUGUAUGAGGAAUUCCUUAGCAAGGUCUCCAUUUUGGAGUCUCUGGAUAAAUGGGAACGGUUGACGGUUGCUGAUGCUCUCGAGACAGUCCAGUUUGAAGAUGGCCAGAAGAUUGUUGUGCAGGGUCAACCGGGAGAUGAGUUUUUCAUUAUCCUUGAGGGCUCAGCAGCAGUCCUUCAGCGGCGGUCGGAGAAUGAGGAGUUUGUGGAGGUCGGAAGACUCGCACCAUCUGACUACUUCGGUGAGAUCGCUCUGCUCAUGAACCGGCCUCGUGCUGCCACCGUGGUUGCUCGUGGCCCUCUGAAGUGCGUAAAACUUGACCGCCCCAGGUUCGAACGCGUGCUCGGCCCCUGCUCCGAUAUCCUGAAGAGAAACAUACAGCAGUACAACAGCUUCGUGUCUCUGUCGGUCUGAGGCACACUAGGCUCUUACCUCCUCAAUUGCAGGGUCCACCAAUGCAAAUUCGCUUUAUUUUCUUACUUUUCUUUAUGCAUUUUCCAACACCCAGGUGCCCAUUCACUUCAGUGUUCUCUCCCUGUCAGUCUGUUGUUGUUUUUUUUUGAUUUGUGCCGUAAAGUCGCAUUUGUAUCCAUCCUAGAUUUACCAUAAGGCUGAUUUGUUAGUUUUGCCUGAGAAACGAGCCAAUCGUUGUGCCACAAAAGCCUGUCACGUGGACAGAUGUUGAAAUAACUAUUGGGAUUUUCUCUUGCGUCCAAAUUGCCUCAUGAUUCUGUAUAACAGUGUUUGGAAUGGAAGGAAAACAGUGGCAGAGGACUGAUAUUCAUGUAGUGCAUUUACUCAGUAUAUAAGGAUGUAUCUUAAUUGAGCCAUCGAUUUUCAGAAUCAGUUUUCCUUCAUUCAUUUCAAGCGUUUGAAUAUAGGGAAGCCAAAGGCAUAAAUCCAUGUGUGUUACAUUGUUUUCUUGGGGGUACUGAAGUUUAAUCGUCACCAUGUUUAUCAUGGUGAUCAGCUUUGCUCUUUUAUUGUUAUAACUGCACAUAUAUAGUGUAUGUACAAGAUUAUAUAUUAGAAGUAAAUGACCAUAACCAUAUUUUUUGCACAGUAUAUAUAUAUAUAUAUAUACGCUUUAUAUUGCUGUUUUUCAUUGGGCUUUUUUCAUUUUCCUUUGGGCGUUUUGCUAUACACACAGACUUGCUCUGGAGUCUUAUUUAGAACAGACCAGGAUUAGUUUAAUCUCCUUUUAAAGUUUUUUCUUUUCUUUUUCUUGUGAAUUUUCUCCCUUCUGAAAUGCUACAUGCUGCAAAUGCUUUUAUUUGUUGCCCCCACACAAAGGCAAUGUAAUCUUAUUUUAUUCAACAUUGUGUUUUUGGCGGAUAUAUAUAUACAGAAAAGAUAUUAUAUUUGUAUGUUCUGUUUAAUUGUUUAGAAGAGUUACAGAAAUGCAAUGGUUAAUGAUGAAGCUUUGUUGACUGAGUAUGUGAGAAUCCUCAACAGGAUGUAACUACUUGGUGACCUCCUUCACCCACUAAGAUCCCAUUAGGGUUUCUUUCUCGAUUAGUGCUUCGAAACCCCAAAUGUCUUUUUAAAUUUUUUAUUAACUGAAAUAGUCUGGUUAAUAAACAGGGUAGGUCUGUUUUCAACUAACCACUGUUGUUUUUAGAUUGAGAUUUAGAUUAUUCACCAUGCAUAUAUAGUCAUAUGAAAGUCUUAAAACAGGGACAGUAUUUGCCGCUUGUGUUGAGUUCAUGGUGUCUGUAUGCCAUUAGGGUUGGGAUCCAUCAAACGUUUGGAAAUCGAUUUGCGAUCCACUACUGCCACCACCUUAAUCUCCUAUCAGAUAUUGUUCUUCAAGUUCUCUGAGUUGUGUUUUACUGGGUGGUACAAUAGUGUUAACAGUUGCUGAAGGUAGAUUUUAAUUAUCGCACAGAGAUACUUUUGUAUUAUUUGGAAAAACUGAUGUGAAUUUUAUUUUGGUUUUCCACACACCUUGUGUUAUGUAUUUACAGAUAUCCAGCUCAUUUGUACAACAGACUCAUGUUAUUGAAAGCAAAUUUGGGUUUUGAAAAGUGCCUGAUUUCUUUACUCUCAUAAUGCAAAGCCAACAGACAUUUUCUUGUAGUUAUUUUUCCCCCUAAUGUAUUCAUUAAUAUACUAAUAGCGUGUCACCUGUAUUAUUUGUAAUCUACAAUGUUUUGUUUCAUCUGUAUAUCCAGAUCCUCUUUAGCAGUGUAAUUUAUUCAGACUUAAAGCUCCAAUAGUUAAGAGUUUGCACAGAACUGUCCCAAAAUGUUAGAGAAAUAUAUUAUACAGAUAUUAUAAAGAAAGACUUAUAUUUAGUGUGUUUUUAUCUUCAAUUCUGACUCUGGCCUAUAACCACAUGGGAGAAUUGUUGUCACUUAACUGUGACAUUUGAUUUGAGAGCCUUACAGCAUGUCAAUCCAGAUGUCUAGGAAAAUAAGAUGUUUUCUGACAUUCACAGAUUUCUGCCCCUCUAGACUAGAAUUUCAGAAUCAGUCAAAUCUUGGUGCUGUAGCUUUAAAAACACAGAAUUUGCACCCUUAAUUACAGGGGAUUCCAAAUAGCCUUUUGAUUAACCGUUCCACUGUCUUUUCAAUGACUGGUUUAUGCCUUAUGAUGGGGUUAAAUAAAUGAACAUGUUGAAAUUAUAUAUUAUUUUGAGUCCUUAAUGUUAAACUGUGACACCCGAAGAUAGAUAGUUAGUCUACUUGUUAUCGCUCAUAUAUGCAUUGGUCUGUUUUAUUUAAAGGGGUGGUAUAAUGCCCUUUUCAAAAGAUGUAAAAUAAAUCUCUGAUGUCCCCAGAGUGUGUAUGUGAAGUUUUAGCUCAAAAUACCCCACAGAUAUUUUUAUAUAGCAUGUUAAAGUUGUCACUUUUUGAGGGUUAGCACAAACACACCGUUUUGUGUCUGGCCCUUUAAAUGCAAAUGAGCUGCAACUCCCGGGCGGGGCUUCAAGAGUGUGUGUGUGUUAGCAGCUCCAAUUACCUCACGAAGACAUGCAUUAAAAUGUCAGAAAUUGUUCUGCCUUUUAUGUUUAACCGGAAAGUCAGACAAAAAUGGAGAGACUUAGCCACUAAGAAGAAGUGACCACACGUAGAAUGCAACAGGACAUCUCUGAAUGGUUAGUUGAUGAAUUUAUGUUGCUGAUGAUGUGGAGUUAACUAUCUUCAAUUAGCAUAGGCUGUCAGGAUAAUCUAUAAAUCGCUUGUAUAGGAAUUGUUGUGAGAUGCACAGAGUGACUUUCUAUUGCAUGUGAAAAAACGGAUGCUAUAGUUUGAGCUGACUUUCAAAUGUGCUUGACUAGCUCUUCCUCUUCUCAACAUGGACUGUGUGUUCCCGAGGGUGGGGUUUAUGUAAAUUUAAGGGUUGGUUAUGUCACUAACCCAGGAGAAAGCUUGUGUAGUUCCUACCAGCCGUUUGGUGUAGUCCUUUAAAAACCCAUUUCUUUAAAAGCAAAUAUCCCCCUUUGCUUUAAACUUUGAGUGUUGCAACAUUACACACUAACUAAAGUUAGAAAAGUGAAAUCAUAAUCAACCACCCCUUUAACUUCAUAUGAUGACAAAUUACAAAAAGCAAAUCCCUUGUUUUCUGAUGCAUCAAUGCGUCAUUGAUGUUUAUUGUAAUUUUCUCCCCUUUAUGACCCCUUUUUCUCCCCUUUAUGACCCCUUUUCUCCCUUUUCAAUGAUUUUGUUCCUCUGCAAAUUCUCUGCUUACCUUUUUAUUAUGAUUUUUUUUCUUUUUUUUUAAACUUCAGGCCAUGUUUCUUGAAGAUCAUUCAGUGGUCACUGGAAAUGUGUUUGUAUUAGCAAAUAGCAACCUCUACUCCCUUUUUUGUAGCCUGCUAACAUUCCCUGGUUGUGACUGUCAAUUGUGUUUUCUUCUGGAGUUUUCAGUAAAAUUGUGUUCUAGUAAGUACAGAGGAAUUGAUAUUUGCGCACAAGCCACCAGAGCAUACAGACUCCUGUUCACUCAUUCUUCAGUUUAAGCCCUCAACACAGAGUUGUAAAAUGUCGAGGGACCAUUUUUCUAUUAUGCUUUUUUGUAUAACUGUGUGGUUUGAAUUCUUUGGAUGUGCUCAAGUUGUAAACCUUUUGGUAUCGAUUGUCCUAAUGGCAGGUCAAGCAAUAAAAUGAUUCAUUCUUG